UUUCAACAUUUUCAUAUUUCUUCUCUCUCGUUUCAUCUUCAGAUGCACGAAAACAUUUCUGAAGAAAAGAUUUGAGGAGUCGAAGUGAAAAAUGCAAAAGUUAGACUUCGAAAACACGAGACAUUACUACUAUCCAAGCGGCACAGAGACGCCGUACGGAGGACCGUCGUCGUCGGAGAAGACGAGGAGUUAUUACGAGGAAGAUCAACCUUACGUGGAGAUCACGCUUGAUAUCCAUGACGACUCCGUCUCCGUGUACGGUUUAAAGUCACCGGACCAUAGAGUCGCUGGAUCGGAUCAAUCGCUUCUUAGACCAGGUCGUUCAUCGAGGAGUAACUCGGUGUUGAAACGCAUAGCUUCUUCCGUUUCUAGCGAGUUGAAACGAGUUGCUUCUUCCGUUUCUAGAAAACCACCGCGGCCGCAGAAGGCUAAGCUACGCCGUUCGAAGUCUAGAGCGGAGUUAGCACUCAAAGGUCUCAAAUUCAUCACCAAGACUGAUGGCGUCACUGGUUGGUUUGAAGUUGAGAAACAGUUCAAUGAGAUUACAAAGACUAGCAGCGGUUUAUUACACCGUUCCAAAUUCGGGGAAUGUAUAGGGAUGAAGUCGACUGAGUUUGCGUUGGCAUUGUUCGAUGCUUUAGCGAGGAGGGAAAACGUAAGUGGAGAUUCAAUAAACAUGAAUGAGCUUAAAGAGUUCUGGAAGCAGAUCACUGAUCAAGAUUUUGAUUCGAGGCUACGAACUUUCUUCGACAUGGUCGAUAAGGAUUCGGAUGGACGUUUGAAUGAAGCCGAAGUAAGAGAGAUUAUAGCUUUAAGUGCUUCUGCAAACGAGCUGGAUAAUAUUCGGAAACAAGCUGAUGAAUAUGCUGCUUUGAUUAUGGAAGAGCUAGAUCCCUUUCAUUAUGGGUACAUCAUGAUAGAGAAUCUCGAGAUCCUUCUACUGCAAGCCCCAAUCGAGGAUGUGAGAGAUGGGGAGAGUAAGAAGCUGAGCAAGUUGCUAAGUCAUAAUCUCAAGGUUCCGCAGAGUAGGAAUCUCGUGGUGCGUUUUUACAGAUGGAUGAAGUAUUUUGUGUUUGAUAAUUGGAAGAGAGUGUGGGUGAUAGCUUUAUGGAUAGGUGCUAUGGCCGGUCUGUUCACCUGGAAGUUCAUGCAGUAUCGAAAAAGAUCAGAUGCUUACCAAGUUAUGGGGGUGUGUGUUUGUAUAGCUAAAGGAGCUGCAGAGACGCUUAAACUAAACAUGGCUAUGAUUUUGUUACCAGUUUGUAGGAACACCAUCACUUGGCUCCGGACAAAAACCAAGUUAGGUGUUAUUGUUCCUUUCGAUGACAGCCUCAAUUUUCACAAGGUCAUAGCAAUAGGAAUUGCAGUUGGAGUUGGAAUCCAUGCUACAUCUCACUUAGCCUGUGAUUUCCCACGGCUGAUAGCUGCAGAUGAAGACGAGUAUAAGCCAAUGGAGCAGUAUUUUGGGCCACAGACAAAAAGAUAUAUGGACUUUGUGCAAUCGGUAGAAGGAGUUACAGGGAUUGCAAUGGUUAUACUAAUGACCAUAGCCUUCACUUUGGCUACAACAUGGUUCAGACGUAAUAAGCUCAAGCUUCCUGGACCACUGAAGAAAAUAACAGGCUUCAAUGCCUUCUGGUACUCUCACCACUUGUUUGUUAUUGUCUACUCACUUCUUAUCGUUCAUGGAUACUAUGUCUACCUCAUCAAGCGAUGGUACAAGAAAACGACAUGGAUGUAUUUGAUGGUACCGGUGGUUCUUUACUUGUUUGAAAGGCUGAUUCGUGCAUUCAGGUCAAGCGUCGAGGCUGUUUCAGUACUAAAGGUUUCUGUGUUACCAGGGAAUGUUUUGUCGCUUCACUUGUCAAGGCCAAACAACUUCAGAUACAAGAGUGGACAAUAUAUGUAUCUCAACUGCUCUGCAGUUUCUACAUUAGAAUGGCAUCCAUUCUCAAUUACCUCUGCCCCGGGAGAUGACUACCUCAGUGUCCACAUUAGAGUUCUAGGAGACUGGACUCGGCAGUUAAGAUCAUUAUUCUCUGAGCUGUGUAAGCCACACCUUCUUGGUGAAAGCAGAUUGAACAUAGCCUCCCCAAGGCACCGGGAUAACAUAUCUAACUAUCCAAGAAUCCUAAUCGACGGUCCAUAUGGAGCACCAGCACAAGACUACAAGAAGUUUGAUGUUGUUCUACUAGUAGGUCUAGGAAUCGGAGCUACUCCCAUGAUUAGCAUCGUCAAGGACAUAAUCAACAAUUUAAAAGGCAAUGGAGAAGGUAGUAACCGAAGACAGUCACCGAUCCACAACAUGGUCUCUCCUCCUCUUUCCCCAGCAAGAAAAAGUGAGGCGUUCAGAACCAAGAGAGCUUACUUCUACUGGGUCACAAGAGAGCAAGGAUCUUUUGACUGGUUCAAGAACGUGAUGGACGAAGUGGCCGAAACAGACCGCAACAACGUUAUUGAACUGCAUAAUUACUGCACCAGUGUCUACGAGGAAGGAGACGCCAGGUCCGCAUUGAUCACGAUGCUCCAGUCGCUGAACCAUGCUAAGAAUGGAGUAGACGUUGUGUCAGGAACACAUGUCAUGUCCCAUUUCGCUAGGCCAAACUGGAGAAGCGUUUUCAAAAGGAUCGCUGUGAAGCAUCCCAAGACUAGAGUUGGAGUGUUUUAUUGUGGAGCAGCUGGAUUAGUGAAAGAGCUACGACACUUGUCAUUGGAUUUCUCUCAUAAGACCUCCACCAAGUUCAUUUUCCAUAAAGAGAAUUUCUAGA